AUGAAUGCCUAGUCUCUGGGUAACUUCCCAUCUUCCUUUGCUCCAGUGAGAGAAUCCAAAGAAAACUUAUUUGCAUCUAAUCUGCUGCCACUUCCCCCUAAGUUUAGCUUUUAGGAACGCACUGGCAGAAUAAACUGGAGAGCACUCAUGAAUACAGAUCUUGAUAAGAUCUCAAAAGAGGUAGAUUUAAAGACUUUGGAAGCACUUCUGCAGAAUAUUACCUUUGCUUAGCUAGAUAGAGAUGACCUUGAAAGACUUGGUGACAUGCACUUCAUUAAACUAUUCAGACUUAGUUAGUAUUCAAUCGAGUAUUUGCUCUACACCUAAAACUACAUGGAAAGUCUUUGCAAAAAUUUAGAUGUUGAAUACAGAUAAACUUAUGAAAAGACUAUGAAAACUGAGGAGAUGAUUCGUAAGUACUAACAAGAACUAAAGAUAAUUAGAAAAGAGUUAAAGCUGAAACAAAAGACUUUAAGCACUUACGAGUAUCUGAUGAAGUUGCCAGUGGAACAGGAGCAGGAUGUGAUUAAAUGCAAAAGUUGUCGCAAGUUUUUCCUAAGCAAGUAAUACUUGCAAAAGCAUUAUCAAAGACACCAUCCUGAGGUAGAUUUCUUCAGAGAAUUCGCAGAUAUGAAUGACCCAAACUAUGACAGAUCUCUCAACGAAAGAUAAAAUCAGUAGACUAUCGCUGAAAUUAAGAAAUAACAAUAAAUUAACUAAGAGGAGCUAUUUGAUAAGAUUAAGGGAGAGCUAUUUGGAUCACUUGUAGAUAAUUUUAAAAAGCUAGAAACUGAGAUUUCUACUCUGAAGGACAAACAGAAUUUCCAACAAAUCAAGUCAAUGCUUGAGAACUAUGAAUAGAAAAAUGAAGAGGAAUAGAAAAAAAUCUAGGAUUCAUUGAACAAGCCCGCCAAGAGUCUUGAGGAUUUGAAGUCGAAGUGGUCUGAGAUGUUUCAAUAGCAGACAAGCACCAUAAAGGAUAUGAUGUAGUAGUAUGUAAAUGAUGCACUAUCUCGCAGAAAAGAUGAAAGAGAUAAAAAGAAGCAGAAUUAAAGCAAGAAUAGUGAAUACUUUUAAUAGAAACUAAACGAAUUCGAUGAUAAAUUCAAGUAAAACGAGUAAGUUAAACAGGAAUUAGAGUAAAAAGUAAAAGAUUACGAGAAACAGCUUCAACUCAAAUCUUAGACUGAGACAUAAAUACUAGCUAAAUUGCAAGAGGAGGAGUAAAAGAGAAAGUAAGAAGAAAAACUAAGGAAGGAGCGAGAGGAGGAGCUGAUGAAUCAAUUGAACUCGUAAGCCUAAGUAGAUUAUUAGAAAAAGCUUUAAGAAGAGUAAAAACUAAGAGAGGAAUUUGAAAGAAAACUAAAAGAGGAAUAAGAGAAGAUAAAAGAAAAUGAGGAGAAGAAGAUAAAGCAACUUGAGUUAUAGUUAAAACAAGAGGAAGAUGAAAAAAACAAACUACUAAAACUUUAAGAAGAAAAAGCAAGACUAUUAGAAGAAGAAAAACAGAAGGCAGCUCUUGAGCAAGAAAAGAAGAGAGAAUUGUAACUAUAGCUGGAAAAAGAGGAAGCUGAAAAAUUGAGAAGAUAGAAGUCAGAAGAGGAAAAGAGGAAACUAGCAGAACAGUAAAGAAAGAAAUCGGAGGAAAUAGUGGAAGAGUAAGUAAUUGAAGAAGAUGUGGAAGAAGAAGAUGAAGACAUAGACGAUGAAAUUCUAAAGAAAAAGCAGCUAGCAGAAGCAGAAGCAGAAAAAUUAAGAGCCAAGUAGAAAUAGGAGGAAGAGGAGCGAAAGAAAAAGCUAGAAGAAGAAGAAGCAAAGAAGCAAGUUAAGAAAUAGCCCACUGAAGAAUUGAAAUCACAGAAGAGUUCAAACCAUGAAAGCAAUCUAGGCUCAACCUUAAGAGACCAAAUCAAGAAGGACAUAAAGAAGGAGAUAGAAUAAGAUAAUUUCUACAUGAGUGAUAAGGCUCAUAUUAAGUCUUUCUUCAACCAUGAAAUCGAUGAGAUUUCUAACAUGAAAGAUAUCAUUUAAGUACAACUUAUUAAUGAGCAAGAAUAAAUCCUUGCAUAAGAGUUCAAUACUCAGAAGAUAUAGCCAGUAGCUGGAGAUAAGUAAAACCCCCUAAGUCUCUAAAGAAAGGAAGACCUCAGAUAUGUAAAUGAUAGCAUAAAGGGACUUAGCCGCAAAGAUGUGGAAAAAAUCAACAAUAGUCUUAUGAAAAGACUGAGCGACUAGUAGUUCACUGGCUACUCUAACAUGAUUGAGGGUUUUCUCAAGAAAGCUCUUAUGUCUCAAUGA